AUGGAGUUCGGCAAGAUCUUAGGGCUUACCAACUGGAAGCUCCUUCUGGUGCCCAGCAAGGGCGAAAUGCUGAUGAACAAUGAAUCCAACGCCAGGACCUCUCGACAGUUUGGAUCCAUCGGGAUUGGGAUUCCACCUUUCGCCGUUGCAGAUGGUAUGAACGAAAAGGGGCUGACCAUUGCUACACAAUCCCUCUAUCGCAGCGAGUACCAGAAAUGCGACAUCUGGAACAAAACUUACAAGACCAUCUGGGCCGCCAAUUUGCCGCAAUGGAUCCUGUCACAGUUCUCUACUGUGGCAGAGGUAGAAAGUGCCAUCCGGAGCAAGAAGUUCUGCAUCACAAGCCCGCUCCCGAAACAAACCAACACGCACUGGGCCAUUGCGGACAAGCAGGGGGGUUCCAUUGUCUUGGAGUACGAGGACGGAGAGCCCAGGAUCUACGACAAUUAUGUGGGGCUGAUGACCAAUGAUCCGUUCUACCCAUGGCAUGUUCAGAAUCUGAACACCUACGUCUGGAUCCUACCAGAAGAGGGCGACAACAAGAAGUUGCGCAUGGACACCGGAGAGCUCCUUUCGAAUCAGGGAGAGGUGCCCUUCAACUUCGGCCAUGGCUUUAACACCGGCGGCAUGCCUGGCGAUCCUUCCCCCCCUUCGCGCUUUGUGAGGAUGUUCUUCAACCGGCAAAUCUCUCAGGCGAACUCCCCGCCGAAGAAGAAUCUGGAUGACUGGCUGACGUUGGCCCAGGGCAUCCUGAACGGCAUCUUCAUCACCAAAGGCUUUACGGGGCCGAAUACCCUUGGCCACCUCAUCGAGAGUGACCAUACCUCCUGGGCGACGCUCCGUGUGCCGGAGGUGGGCUUCUACGCCUAUCGCAGCUAUGGGAACAUGCAGUGGCAUGUCGUCGACACUCGACAGUUGGACUGGUCACAGGGCAAGGUCCUCCCCACCUCCCAAAGCAUCGCGGAUGGCUUUAAAAACAUUACAGAUGAAUUGCCGACCGUCGACUCUGCCAGCGGGCACUUCCUCGCUGUGAAGUCUGUGAAGUCACACUCUUCGCCUGAAGAUGUCGCCCUGCUGCAGACUCUGAGCCAGGAGCUGUGA